AUGGUCGCCCGCUUUGGACUGCGCUUUGCGCAGCAAACCGCCAGACAAUCCACGACUUCCUUCACUUCCCGUGCACCUUUCCAGCUGAGAAACCCCGUAUUUCGACGAUGGCAAGGCACUGCGGCGAACCCGGCCGUUGAGGGUGCGCCGCAGCAAUCUCUGUUUCAGAGACUUUGGACCAGUGAGUUCGGCUGGACAACGAAAUACACGGAUGCUAACGCGGGUCGCUGUUCUAGGGCUCCUAUCAUGAAAUGGGGUGUCGUCCUUGCAGGCGCAUCAGACUUCCUCCGCCCGGCCGAGAAACUGUCAUUGACACAAAACUUGGCUCUCAUGGCCACAGGCUCCAUCUGGACGAGAUGGUGCUUUAUCAUUCGACCGAAGAACUUGCUACUUGCUGCUGUCAACUUCUGUCUCUUCCUUGUUGGUACCAUCCAGGUCAGCCGUAUCUUGGCGUAUCAGGCUUCGCAAAAGGGCAGCACCACCGAAGCCUUGAAGGAGAUGGAGAAGGAGGUUGAGGGCUCGGUAAAGAGUGUGGAGAAGGCCGUGGAAGCAAAGUUGUAA